GCUCCUACGAUUACCAGACCACCUGAGUGAAAACACACUCCCUUUCCCCCUCCCUCAGUCCCUCCUACCUAGUCGAACUAUUCCCUUUCUCACUGAAUCUAUUCCUAAACUACAUUCAAUCAAAACUUUACAGAGAAGAAGAAAUGCCUCUGAAAUAACAUAUCAAAUGGCUGCAAGAAUGGUCUCUUUCUUUCUACUACUAUUGAGAUUUAUGAAGUGACAGAUAACACCAAAAGUUCUAGGAAUCUCUCCUGAGAAGUCUCAUUAGUAUGAUCAAACGAGGGUUUAAGAUGAUUAUCUGUCAGUCUCUUGCAGUCAUUAAUUUCCGCUCCAAUGCAGUCAGAAAGUGUUUCUGUAGCAGAGCAUUUUGCAGCUCCUCCUCUUCAUGGCAGGAAGACAAUCUGAAUGGGUUAAAUGACCCUUUUGAUGUCCGGGCCCCUUUAAUUCCCCGAGAUGCAGAAGGACAAAUUCCCUCUCAAGGAAAUGCUUCUGUUUCUAUAGAGGAUUUUGCAUUCUUGAAUAACACAUAUGCUGGAGAAGAUUUAAAAUGUGGUUUGGGUUCAUCAAGUAAGUACUCUAAAGAAGCUAUUUCGAUUUUUCAUGAGAUUGUUAAUAAUAAUGGUGAUGAACUUUUUGGAGACAAAACACAAAAGUUUCUUAGGCAAUUUAGAGGAAAACUUAAAGAUUCUUUAGUAAUAGAAGUUCUACAGCUAUUGAAGCAUCGUCCGGAAGUGGGAGUUAAGUUCUUCAUUUGGGCCGCCAGACAAAUUGGGUAUACCCACACGCCACCCACUUAUGCUGCUCUGUUGGUCACUUUAGGGGUUGAGGAUAAUGAUAGUAGUAAGAAUAAGAAAAAUUAUGUUAGAGUUCCUGAACAUCUCCUUUUAGAGAUUAGAGAUGAUGGUGACAAAGUAAUCCUGGGAAAGUUGCUGAAUUUUUUGAUUCAGAAAUGCUGCCGAAAUGGGUAUUGGAAUGCAGCAUUAGAGGAGCUUGGGAGGCUCAAGGAUUUUGGAUAUAAACCGUCUAUGGUGACUUAUAAUGCUAUACUUCAGGUCCUUCUCAAGGCUGACCAGUUGGAUGCUGCUUGUCUGCUUCACAGGGAAAUGUCAAAUUCCGGUAUUGGUGUGGAUGGUUUGACGUUGGGUAGCUUCGCUCGAUCUCUGUCUAAGUUUGGGCGGUGGCAAGAAGCUCUAGGAAUCAUUGAAAAGGAAGACUACAUAUACGAUGCAGUAAUUUACACAAAAAUGAUUAGUGGGUUAUGUGAAGCUUCACUUUUUGAAGAAGCUAUGGAGUUUUUGCAUAGGAUGAGGUCUAACAAUUGUAUUCCGAACGUAAUAACUUAUAGGACGUUGCUUGAUGGGUGUUUGAGGAAAAGACAACUGGGUAGGUGUAAAAGAAUCCUUAGUAUGAUGAUUCCAGAGGGUUGUUACCCGAAUCCCUCGAUGUUUAAUUCUCUUGUUCAUGCAUAUUGCAGUUCAGGAGACUAUUCUUACGCCUACAAGGUGCUCAAAAAGAUGGCGGUUUGUGGUUGCCAGCCGGGUUAUGUGGUUUAUAAUAUCUUAAUUGGGGGUAUUUGUGGAAAUAAUGAAUCACCUAGUUUAGAAUUAGUGGAGUUGGCUGAAAAGGCUUAUAAUGAAAUGAUUGAUGCUGGAUAUGUGCUGAAUAAGGUAAAUGUUGGCCAUUUCACUAGGUGUCUUUGUGUGGUUGGAAAGUUUGAAAAGGCGUUUGCAGUUAUUCAUGAAUUGAUGACUAAAGGCUUCAUACCGGACAAUAGUACAUAUGCCAAGGUUAUUAGUUUCCUCUGUGAAGCCUCCAAGAUUGAAAUGGCCUUCCAAGUUUUCCAAGAUAUGAAAAACAAUGGUGUUGUUCCUGAUGUUUAUACGUAUACAAUUAUGAUUGAUAGUUUCUGUAAAGUAGGUCUUGUUCAGCAGGCUAGAAACUUGUUCGACGAAAUGGUAAGAGAUGGCUGUUUUCCUAAUGUGGUCACAUAUACCACAAUUAUACACGCUUAUCUUAAAGCAAGGAGAGUGUCCGAUGCAAAUGAACUUUUCGAGAAUAUGCUGUCAGCUGGUUGUGUUCCGAAUGUUGUCACAUACACAGUUUUGAUUGAUGGACACUGUAAGGCUGGUGAUGUCAAGAAGGCUUGUCAGAUUUAUUCAAGAAUGGGAGGAAAUGGAGAUAUGCCAGAUGUUAAUCAGUACUUUAGGGUUGAUGGAAAUAAUCCAACAGAACCUAAUGUUUUUACAUAUGGAGCAUUAGUGGACGGUUUGUGCAAAGCCCAUAAAGUGUCUGAGGCUCGUGACUUGUUCGAAACUAUGUCAGGAGAAGGAUGUGAGCCGAAUAAUGUUGUUCAUGAUGCUCUUAUUGAUGGGCUCUGCAAGGUUGGAAAAUUAGAUGAAGCGCAAGAGGUUUUUGCAAAGAUGUCAGAAUGCGGGCACAGUCCAAGUGUUUAUACAUACAGCUCUUUGAUUGAUAGACUGUUCAAAGACAAGAGAGUUGACUUAGCUAUGAAGGUCUUAUCCAAGAUGUUAGAAAAUUCUUGCUCCCCUACUGUGGUUACAUAUACAGAAAUGGUGGACGGACUUUGUAAGGUAGGAAAGACUGAUGAAGCAUAUAAACUUUUCGUUUUGAUGGAAAAUAAAGGGUGCCGUCCAAAUGUUGUGACUUAUACUGCAAUGAUAGAUGGAUUUGGGAAAGUGGGUGAUAUCAACAUGUGCCUUAAUCUUUUCAGACAGAUGAGUGCAAAGGGUUGUGCUCCAAAUUUUAUUACAUACAGGGUCUUGAUAGACCAUUGUUGUGCGGCAGGACAUCUGGAUGAGGGUCAUGAACUUCUACAGGAGAUGAAGCAGACUUGCUGGCCAGCACAUGUGACAGGUUAUCGUAAGGUGAUUGAAGGUUUUAAUAGAGAGUUUAUUUGCUCACUAGGUCUUUUAGACGUGAUGGUAGCAGAUGGUUCCUUGCCGAUAGUUCCUGCUUACAGGAUUUUGGUUCACAGCUUUUGCAAGGCUGGAAGGCUGGACGUAGCUUUGGAGUUGUAUAAAGAACUCGUAACAGUUUCAGAUGGCUUAGGGCUUAGCCAUAAUUUGUAUGCUUCUCUGAUAAAGAGUCUUUCUCUAGCUUUCAAGGUUGAUGAAGCUUUUGGUUUGUAUGUAGACAUGACAAGGAUGGGUUAUAUUCCAGAUAUAAGUGUUAUUUUUAAUCUCAUUAAAGGCCUUACGAAAGUUAACAAGUGGGAUGAGGCGCUUCAGCUUUCAGAUAGUAUAUGUCAGAUGGACAUCAAUUUUAGUCCUGGGGUAGAAACAUAGUGUUGGAUCUUACAAGUAUGGAAGUUAACAAUCUGAUGACUCACAAGAGGGUGAGUCCACACCUCAGAACCUAGUUGGUGUGCGGUACUGCCAUGAAUGUUCACAAGUGCUUGUUUGCAGUUUUCUUCUGCUUACGCUGGCUAACAAAUAUUGUGAUGCAUCCUACCAAACGUCCACAAAUUUCGCAAGGGAAAAGAGUUGCAACAAUGCCGUACAAUACUGUGUGCUGCGAAUCUUGCAGUUUAUCAAUCAUGUCCAAGGAAGAAUCUUCCAUGACCAGUUGCAUUCAAUUAAAUGGAAGAGCGGUAUAUCGCUUGUAUGCUAACCCGGAGUUCCCCUAAAAGGGAAGAGACAUCUUUUCCAAUUGAAGCGAAGUAAGAAAUCUCAUAUCCUUUUAUACUGUUAUGAUGAAAGAGCACAAUAAUAUGGCGAGGAAGUAAAAAGCAGGUGAGAUUGGGCUGAAAAAUCAAUCGACGACAACAGAAAAACAGACGGGACUUCACAUGAGCAUUGGUGGUUUAAUUCUAUUAUUGUUGUAUUAGUACCCGUCUGUAUGACUGUUCAGUAUGGUACUUAAUUCGUCACUACUCGAAGGAUCAGGAGAUGAAGAAAUACACAUCUGAAAUCAUGUUGUCUGACAAAUAUGUGAAUGUUCUUUAUGGACGUUGUUUAUUCUUCUCACGCAGCAAAUGGAGCAUCAGUUAGUAGGUUCUGGGACUGGACUUCUGCAGAAAGUCAUUGGUUGGGGUAAAACUGAAAGCUUUGGUGAUUCAAAAGCAAUGUAAGGAGUUACAGGAUGUUGGGAAAACCAUAUUAAGACAAUGCACAGAGUCUGUAGGAAUUGAAUUUAUUGCCCACGGUAGGUACCUAAGCAGUUGGAGUCAAAUCGUACCAUCAAAAUUAUGUUCUGGUGUCAAAGCCUGUGUAUUCUAUCAAUUUUUGAUGCAAAAAACAAGAUACUAGUACAUCGUUUUAUCCUCCAGAACCUGAUUAACCAGGAAACUCGCUUUUUUUUGAGAGAUUGCCUUUUUGUGAAUUUACACCUUAUGUCAUCCUUCCUGGAGGUUACAGCUGCAAAUGUUUUGAAAUUUUAAAGAGUAUAGCA